GACCCAUGGUACCACCACCGCCUACGCACCGCGAAACCCCUCCUCUCCUCCACACCCGGCCAGAUCAUCCGAUCCCCUCGCACACACACCGUCAUCGUCGUCUCGGUCGCCCUCGCGCUGGGUUUCUACUGGUACAACCUCGAGGUAGUUCCCGUGUCGGGCCGCCGGCGCUUCAACUGCUACAGCGAGGCCACGGUGCGCGAGCUCGGCGCCAUGCAGUACAAGCACGUGCUGUACGAGAUGGAGCAGCAGGGCGGGCGGUUCCUGCCGGACCGCGACGCGCGCGUGCGCAUGGUGCAGAGGGUCAUGGCCCGGCUGAUCCCCGUCAGCGGCAUGGGCGAGGACGAGGAGAACGGCGGCUGGGAGGUGCGGGUGAUUGACAACGACGACCUGCGCCAGGCCAACGCCUUUGUGCUGCCCGGCGGCAAGGUCUUUGUCUACAGCGGCCUGCUGCGCCUGGCGCGCACCGACGCCCAGCUGGCCGCCGUGCUGAGCCACGAGAUUGCGCACAACCUCGCCGACCACAUCUCGGAGCGCCUGAGCCAGAGCGUCGGCGAGACCUUCUUCCUCGGCUCCGCCCUCAUGCUGCUCGCCGCCACCCCCUUCACCUUUGUCGCCGGCUACCUGUUCGGCGGCCAGCUCCUCGACCUGCUCUUCUCCCGCCCCAUGGGCCGCAUGCAGGAGAGCGAGGCCGACUACAUCGGCCUGAUGAUGAUGGCCGAGGCCUGCUACGACCCGCGCGAGGCCGUCACCUUCUGGCAGCGCAUGGAGGCCAUCCACCGCCUCGAGCCGCCCGAGUUCCUGUCUACCCACCCGUCCAACCUGCACCGCAUCGAGAGGAUCACCGGGUGGCUGCCCGAGGCAACUGAGAAGAGGGAUGCUAGCGACUGUGUCGGUACCCAGGGCUUCGCAGAGAUGUUCAGGCGGGCUAUGGCAAGGGGAGAUAUU